AUGCCACCCAAAAAACGAUCCAAAAAUUCUGAUCAACAAUAUGAUAUUGAAACCGAAGAAAAUGACGAGAAUUUUGAUGUCAUUAUGAUUCCCAGUUUAGACGAUUCUCAAGAUUCUGAGUCUGAUUCAAAUUCAGAAAAUGAAAAUGAUCACAUUGAUGUAUGCUCAUUCCUUGAAAAUCUUAUACCUACUACUUUAUACAAUCAAGUUCUUGAUAGCUACUCGGAAAAUCAAAAGAAGUUAGAACCAAACCAUGUUUAUAAGUGGUUGGAUGGCGAAAAAGUUUAUGGGGAAAAGUUAACAAGUGAAGUUUUUCUUUCAGAAUCUGAUCCUUUAUCAAUUGAUGAAUGUAUGAUCAAAUUUUAUGGUAGGACAGUCUUGAAGCAGUUUAUGAAAGGUAAACCUGUACGUUUUGGUAUGAAACUGUGGGCUAUUUGCAAUAAAGAAGGAUUUAUUUUUGAUUUUGAUAUAUAUUGUGGGAAAGGAUCAAACCAUCUCCCUUCGAAGCAGUUAGAGAAUUUAAGAAAUUGUGCUUUGGGUAGCCGCGUUGUUCUACAAAUGCUCCAGAGGCUCUUAACAACUGUGUCACUAAGAAAGAUCAGUCGUUAUCACAUUUAUUUCGAUAACUUUUUCAGUUCACCAGAUCUUUUCGUUCAUCUACGAAAAAUUGGUCUUCGAGCUACAGGUACUGUGAGAGCAAAUAGAGUAAGCGGAGUCACUAUUGAUCUUAAUAAUAAAUCAAAGAGAGGAACAUAUUUUGUGAAACAUGACAAAAAUAGUGGUGUCAACUACAUAUCAGUCAUGGACUCUAAAAUUGUCUCAUUGCUCUCGACGGCUGCUGGCAUUACUCCAUUGUCUUCAGCAAAACGAUAUUCUAAAGAUGAACAUGGUAAAGUUGAAAUACCUUGUCCUUAUGCUUUCAAUUUGUACAACAAUUUUAUGGGUGGAGUAGACCAACAUGAUUAUUACUGUAGCAGUCUGUUGCCGUGUAUUAGGUCGAAAAAGUGGACUUGGGUAGUUUUAAUGAGAAUUAUUCAAGGAUCAAUUACAAAUGCCGCCGUACUCAAGAAUUUGGUGUGUGAACACAACGCGAGAACCUACCCUCAACAGCAUAAACGUCAAGACGUACCGUCAACUCAGCCUAACUACGGUCCAACACAUCAAUUAAGACCAAUGAAUCCUAAUCAGCCGCAGUUCAAACUGGCUCCAUAA